AUGGUGGUGGAUAUUCUUUCUUUAAUGAUUAAGAGAGCUGCUUCUUUGAAUUUGAUUGAAGGUUUUAAGAAAGUCUACAAUGGUAAUGCAUGUACUAUAAACCAUUUACAAUUUGCAGAUGAACUUAUUGUUUUCUCGAAUGAUGAGGUUGAGCAAGUGCAGAACUUAAAAGGCAUUUUAUUGGCUUUUAAGUUGGUUUCUGGCCUGAAAGUAAAUUUUAGAAAGAGUGCCAUUGUGGCAGUUGGAGAUGCUCAGAAUGCAGUGGAGUGUGCAUCUUGUUUUGGUUAUAAUCUUACUACUUUUACAAUGAAAUACUUAGGAAUUCCUCUUAGCAGUAGAUCUAAAGCAGUGGGAGAUUGGGAUGUCAUCAUUCAAAGAUUUCAAAAGAAAUUAUGUUCUUGGCAGAGAAAACACUUAUCAAAGGGGUGA